AAAAAUGAUUGCGCAUGCGCAACCUUUCACGGCAAAGCGGACCAAGAUGGCGGCUGUUGUUGAAAAUGUUGUAAAACUUAUACACAGGCAGUGUGUUUCCUGGUGCUAACUUGUCCCUGGCUGUUCCUCUCGGUGUGUGGGUGAAGGCUGGGAGAGCAGUGCUACAGAGAUGCCAUGGAGCAAUGCCAUAACUACAACGCCCGGCUAUGUGCCGAGAGGAGUGUCCGAAUGCCCUUCCUGGACUCUCAGACUGGAGUGGCGCAGAGCAACUGUUACAUUUGGAUGGAGAAGAGACACAGGGGACCAGGAGUGACUCCAGGACAGCUGUACACCUACCCAUCCCGCAGGUGGAGGAAGAAACGACGAGCCCUCCCCCCAGAGGAUCCCCGGCUGGUCUUCCCCCCUCUAAAGUCAGAACUGGACUUGGGUUUUAAGAAGGAUGCCCUGUCAUCAUCUGAUGGCAGCAGUCUGGAAGCUCUGCUGAAGGGGGAACCCCUGGACAAACGGGGUCCUCCGGAUUUCCAUGAGGCAGAAGAGGAGUCCAGUCUAGCAGACUAUACUUGUGGGGGAGUCACCCCUGCAGCACGCGUCAGAAAGAGAGUCCUGGAGCCAGAUGACUUCCUGGAUGACUUGGAGGAUGAGGACUAUGAGGAGGACACCCCCAAAAGAAGAGGCAAAGGAAAGGGAAAGGGUCGUGGAGUGAGCAGUGCCAAGAAGAAGCUGGAUGCUGCGGUGGCUACACUGGAGGACAAGGACAAGCCUUACUCCUGUGACAACACUUUCAGACAAAAGCAUAUUUCACAACCUUCUGGACGAGUCUGUGGGAAGCGUUACAAGAACCGUCCGGGCCUGAGCUACCACUACGCCCACUCCCACCUGGCUGAGGAGGAGGGAGGGGACAAGGAGGAGCCUGAGGUCCACACCCCCACCCCGCCCCAGCCUGAGGAGCCCAAGACACCCAAGAAAGGUCCAGACGGUUUGGCGAUACCCAAUAUCUACUGUGACUUCUGCCUCGGGGACUCAGCCCUCAACCAGAAGACGGGCCAGUCAGAGGGGCUGCAGUCCUGCUCAGACUGUGGACGUUCAGGCCACCCGUCCUGCCUGCAGUUCACCCCUGUGAUGAUGGCUGCAGUUAAGACCUACCGCUGGCAGUGCAUCGAAUGCAAGUGCUGCAACAUCUGUGGCACCUCAGAGAACGACGACCAGCUUCUCUUCUGUGAUGACUGUGAUAGAGGCUAUCACAUGUACUGUCUCCGCCCCCCUAUGGCUGAACCUCCAGAAGGGAGCUGGAGCUGCCAUCUGUGUCUGGACCUGUUGAAAGACAAGGCGUCCAUAUACCGGACACCUAAUGCCCCUCCGUUGUGAUGGACCCCCACCCUCUCACAGGUUCUCAAUCACUGGUCAGCAGAGAGGAGUGGGUGGGACAGAUGUCUUGUGAAAAGGGAAGCAUACCUUACCAACCCCCCUUCUGAAACAGGCCUCGAGGAAGCAUACCUUACCAACCCCCCUUCUGAAACAGGCCUCGGGAAGCAUACCUCACCAACCCCCUUCUGAAACAGGCCUCGGGGAUGCAUACCUUACCAACCCCCUUCUGAAACAGGCCUCGGGAAGCAUACCUUACCAGCCCCUUGCUGAAAAAGGCCUCGGUUUGGAAGGGAAACACCUUACCAAGCCCGUUCUGAAACAGGCCUCGGGAAGCAUACCUUACCAACCCCCUUCUGAAACAGGCCUCAGGGAAGCAUACCUUACCAACCCCCUUCUGAAACAGGCCUCGGGAAGCAUACCUUACCAGCCCCCUUCUGAAACAGGCCUCGGGAAGCAUACCUUACCAACCCCUUCUGAAACAGGCCUCGGGAAGCAUACCUCACCAACCCCCUUCUGAAACAGGCCUCGGGGAAGCAUACCUCACCAACCCCCCUUCUGAAACAGGCCUCGGGGAAGCACACCUCACCAACCCCCCUUCUGAUACAGGCCUCGGGAAGCAUACCUUACCAGCCCUGUGCUGAAAAAGGUCUUGGUUUGGUUCUUAUAUGGCUGUUACACAGUUCCAAGCUCAAGUGACCCAUAGGCUUUUGUUUUCAACUAUUUGUCAAUAUAUCAAACACAAUGUAUCAAUUUCCUGAACUUGACAAUAGAUGAAGUUUGUUUGAGUGACUUAAACCGCUUUUGCCAGCCAAAAUACCUGAACACAGUCUCACAUACAGUUCAUGCACACCACUGCUCAGAUCCUACUUUUAUUCGGCAAAAUAUCAGUUUUGCAUGUAGAGGAGAUAGUUUGAGUCAAUUAGCAUGCCAAUGCGUGUUCAUAAUAAAAACAUGUGCAAAGGU